UUCUUGCCUAAACUAAUAUCAUCUCAUCAACUUUGAAACCAACAAAACAAGCCCACUAAUUGCCUACACGCCUCAAGAACACUGUAUAAAACCCACUCAUCAUCUUUCACUUCUCAAUACAGUCCACAUUCUCAGCCAAAAAUGACCACCUUAGAGCUCCUCUCUCUCUUCCCCUUCUUCUUCUUCUUCAUUCUUUCUGCAACUUCAUCUUUCAACGAUGCCAGCCUCAUACAACAAACCUGCAAGCACACUCCGAACCAAGCCCUCUGUCUCCAGUACCUCAAAUCAGACCCUCGAAGCUCUGAUGCUGACAUCUCAGGUCUCGCUCUCAUCAUGGUGGACGCCAUGAAAGCGAAAGCCAAGCAAGCCGUGGCCAAAAUUCACCAGGAGCUCCAGCGAAGAGGCCAUGGCGAUACUGAAACACAAGCUCUGAGGUCUUGUGCAGAGCAGUACAGCGCAGUUCUGGAAGCUGAUAUUCCGGAAGCCAUUGCAGCUCUGCAAAAGGGGGACCCAAAGUUCGCUGAAGAUGGAGCUAAUGACGCAGCUUUGGAGGCCAAUUCUUGCGAAAGCAGCUUCUCUUCUGGGAAAUCGCUACUCACACGAGAAAACAAUGAUGUGCAUGACAUUGCUCAAGUCACCGCAGCUAUUGUCAGAAAUUUGCUUUAGAUUUCUGUUAAUGAAAUGCUCUCUUUAUAAUAAUUAAAAAUAAAAAUUGGAGUUCCUCCAA